CACUGUGCGACCCCGUGGGUCUGCCACGGAGGCUGUUGUCUUGUAUAUCCCAACAAAGUGACGCAGUUAUCAUUACCUGAUGUGGCCUGUGAAAGUAGGGCAAUACUGCGCGGUUGAUGAAACUUCUACUAUUUGUAUGCUGCCUUCUGUCAGGGCGUCAAAAUAUUUCAGCAGACUAUACCCAUAAACGGGCUAUUCUGUGAUAAAUAUUUCACGCAUGUGUUAGUGAGUGAAAACACGAUAAGAUGGAAGAUGUUUCAUAGGGCGGUCUUUCCUGUUAGGACCGGCUGUCAUUAGACAAAAGUGAACUAUCCGACUUACGGACUAUUGCUCAAUAUCAACGACGGAGAAUGCAUACACUGUAGCUGUAGCCUAAUUUGUGUGCAGCAUGUGCCCUGGAUGCGGCCUGUGCUUGCUAUUUAUAUAUAAAUACGGCACAUAAACCGCAAAGAUGGAUUCAUUGAACCUACUUGAUUAUUCAUGAUGUCACCUCAUUAAAUGAUUCAAAUAAAGGCCAGAAUUUUACGGACAGCGCAGGGAGAAUCGUUCAUUUGAAUAGCAGGUGCCCGUGCACCUAUUAAACCAUGGGAAUAACUUGGCCUAUACGCUACAAACUCCCGCAUGAACCGCCGCCAGCUCUCGAUUUAUCCACCGAGGUGAAUAGAGAUGUGUAUAUCGACCUCGCCAGGUACGACUGGCCCUUUGAAAACCUCGUUCUGGAAGGCGGCGGUACGAAGGGGACUGCAUACCCUGGCGCAAUUCAGGUUCUGGAAGAUGUGGGAAUACUUCAAAGAAUUAAGCGGUUUGGUGGUACCAGUUCGGGGGCCAGUGCGGCCGGUUUGCUCAGCGUGGGGUUUAAAUCAGGAGAGAUCGCCGCGUUGUUAGACAUGGACCAGAGAGUAAUCUUAAAAGACGCUAGAGGAGGGUAUUUCUCGUUAGUGCCAAACUUUCUACGCCUAUUUGGCUGGAAUCCAGGCGACAGAUAUCUCAACUUGCUGAAAAUGUGUAUGAGACACAAGACCGGGAAUCCAGACUACACAUUCAGACAGUUAUAUGACGACAAGGGGAUUGAACUGUGUAUUGUUUGCGCCAAUGUCAGUAAAAAGAACAUUGAAUAUUUCCACCCAAAGACGACACCGGAUGUACCCAUUGCGCUUGCAAUGCGCAUGUCUGCAAGUAUUCCAGUGUUUUUUCAGCCUAAAAGUCUAGAAAAGACAGGGAACAAGCAUUAUCUUGUUGAUGGUGGCUUAAUUUGUCCUUAUCCUAUCCAUGUCUUUGAUGGUUGGUUUCUAUCAAUGCGGCCAGAGGAUUCGUUUUUUAAGAAGCUAGGUACGGAGGAAGAUCCGUUUGAGAGGCCGAUGGGAGAGUUUUCAAAUUGCCAAAAUAGCAGACACAAACAUGAGACAAUAGGAAUAGUGUUGUAUGCUACGGAUGAGCUAGACCUGAUGAGGGUGGGGACAAAUUCACGUGACCUACGGGAAAAAGCAUCAUCACAAAGACCAGACACGCCGCUGGCUAGGCUGCGUGGACAACACAUGGAUAAAGUGAAAGCAGACGAAGACAAGAAAUUACAGAUUUCAAGCGCUGCGAAGACCGUGUUCAGAGCAUUUCAUGACAAGCUCGAAACCCGAGAUUCCGAAUCUCUUCGAAUUUUAUUUGGGGAUAAUUUCGACAUUGACUCCACGUUUAGAGAGCUGGAUAAUCAACAAGACAAACAAAUAACAGCAGUAGAGUUUUUUGCCCUCCUGGAGAAAAAAGGUGUUAUAAGCCCGCUUGAGAGCACGCUUGGAUUUGCCACUUCGCCCAUUCUAUCGGUGAAAGACUAUUUUAGUGCAUUAUUAGCUACUGUCCACGUCUCGUCACAGAAACAAUAUAUAACGGCCUCAGAUGUGGAGCGUACCAUUGGCGUGUGCACGGACUAUAUACGAAUACUGGAUUUAAAUAUGGAAGCAGAAGACAAACUUUUUCUGCGGCAGCAAGGACGCCUCGGAACCGUUUCCUUUUUGAGGGGAUAUCUACAAAAGAAUUCGAUUCCUCUGAAAAAAUGAAAACCCUGUCCAAUGGCCUGGGGUCGCA